AUGGCCACGGUGAUGAAAGAGGCAGAUGCAAGUCAUAAGUACGAUGUUUUUCUGUGUUUUAGAGGGUUAGACACUUACACCUUUGCAUGUAAUCUGUAUUAUGCUCUUCGCAACGAGAAAAUCAAGACCUUCUUCUUCCCAAAGGAAAUUCAAAAUCAUGAUGACCAACUUCAACUUUCACUUUCUGUUAUUCAAGAGUCAAAAAUUUCAGUUGUUGUUCUCUCUCAAAACUAUGCAUCCUCCACCCGUUGUCUCGAUGAACUCGUCAAAAUCAUUGAGUGUAUGGAAUGGAAAAAUCAACUUGUUUGGCCAAUCUUUUACGACGUCGAUCCCUCGGAGGUAAGGCAUCAGAAAGGGCGGUUUGGGGAAGGCAUGUUGGAGUUAGAAAAAACAUAUCCUGACAGGAUAGUAUACUGGAGGGAAGCUUUGAGACAAGUCUCCUCCAUUUCUGGAUGGAAUUACGGAACUGAUCAGUUUGAAUAUGAACUCAUCGAAAAGAUUGUGGAGUCAACGAUCUUCAUGGAUGAUGAGGGAUUGGAGGGUGGGAACCAAAUCUCACAAACUCUUCUCAAAGCAAUUGGGAAAUCAAGGCUUUCAAUUGUUGUUUUGUCUGAAAACUAUGGAUAUUCGACAUGGUGUCUUGAUGAGCUUGUCAAGAUUAUGGAGUGCAAGAAGGCCAAAAAUCAAUUGGUUUGGCCAAUAUUUUACAAAAUAGAACAAUCAGAUGUAAUAAAUCAAACCAAAAGUUAUGGUAAAGCUAUGACAGCACAUGAAAAUGGAUUUGGAAAGGAUUCCGAGAAUGUGCAAAAGUGGAGAUCAGCCUUAUCAGAAGUUGCCUUAUUGAAAGGAGACCAUAUCAAUGAAAAUCAGUACGAAUAUGAAUUCAUAAAAAAGAUAGUGGAAAGAGCCAUUGAAGCUGAAAAUCAUAUGUGA